CCCUGCUUGUCCAAACCAGCGGCAAUGUCGACUUUAACGGUGCUGGCCUCCAAGUUGUUGUUUUGCCCAAGCGGGAGACCGCAAACAGCUAUUACUGUACCUACUCUGAAUGGAGCCGAGCCGUUUCAACUGAUGUGACCGAACUGUGCGAUAACUCCAUGACCGUGGCCGACUCGUCCAUCGUGUACACCUUUUUCAACGGCCAUGGCCAAGUGCAGUCGUCCUGGAUGUACGGAUCGGUCGCAUACGGCGACGUCAGCGUCGUGGCGGACAUCGCCAUCCAAUCGCGUGCCCCAGCGCAUACCUACCGCACGCAAUGGUGCACCUUUGGUACUGGCCGUGUGGGUGUCUACUCGGGCGCCUUGACGGCCACGCCCGUUUUAUACGCGGCAGUCGGGGGGUCAUUCAACCUUGCCGGCAGUCAAGGGUUCUGGAUGGAGCGUCCUGCUUUUGACGAGACGUCCGCCGGGGCUUUCACGUGUACUCCAGCCUGGACUCAAAACCUGGCUGCCGGGGUGACGACCACCUUGUGCUCCACAGACCUGACGCUGAAGCGCCGCAGUGUGGUGUUCGGGUUGCUCGCUAGCCACGCCCGUGUGGCCACGGGUGGCUAUUGCUACGCUCUGAUUGAUUAUGGAAGCAGCGACCCGGCUGACGCGGCGCUUGUUGCGCCGCUCUCGAGCGUCACGCUCACCAACCUUGGGCCUGCACAUACCUACGCCACGAAUUGGGACAACUUUGCUCAAGAGCCAGACCUUGCCGCCACGAUGGCCGACACCUCCGACGGCCUUGCGCCGGUGGAGCUCAGCGAUAUCACGGCCAUGCUGGUCGACAACAACUUUGGCGCCGUUGCGAGUCCUGUUCGGGUUCAGCCGCCUCUCCUCGACCGGGGACACCACGGACACGAAACUUGUCCCCUAGGUUGCCUUCCCGACCAUGUCAUGCUGCCCUGGGCCUCGGACCUUUUGUCCCUGCUCAGCACUACCGUGCGCCUUCCCAGCUGGAGCGACCUCGCUGCAACCAACUGGCCUCAGGGCCCCACUCUGUUCAACUCCACCUGGGCCAUUGUCAUGCACAUCAUCAACUGUCCCGGCUGUGACCAGGAGCGCAGCAUGGUGUUGCGCCUAUAUGAACAAGUGACUGAGGAGGGCCCAAAUAUCAUUCAUCAGCCCACCUUUGCUGCGGCACGCAUCGCCGAUGGGUUUUCUCCACUUCAGCUCCUGCUCUUCGGCUUUGUCGUGGACACGAUCAGCUCGCACCUCAUGCAGGGCUUGCACCUGGAAGCGCUGGCCCUCAAGAUCGAGCGGCAGCAUAGUGGCUUGGCCACGGAUCUCGUCACUGACCAGCUGGGUCGCCUUACGGUGGCUUCACCCGGGCAGCUGGCUGCACGGACCACCCUCACGAGUCAACACCCUCGUUUGGCGCCAGUUGCCGUGCAUCCCACGGCCGACGCCGACACAAUUGCCGAAUCGGCGUCAGUCCCGAAUGACGAGCUCAGGGACUCUGCCGAUUCGACCCAAUUAGGCGGAACUCACGUUCAAGCCCUCAUGGCCUCGCGGCCAUCCCCCCACGAGCCACACCGACCGAUUGAGCAUGAACCGCACAGGCAGCACAUGACUCUGCACCUCCUCGACCGCCAAGCUCUUCAGACCAUUCUCUGGAUUGAGCGCAUUGAAUGGGCAGGCGAGGGUCAAGAUGCCCAUGUGUACCUCUCAGCCACGCACGAGCUGCACCCUGCUCGCGUUCGAGUGUCCAUCUCCCACGUUUGGCCGCCCCCUGAGACGUGCGCCGUCCAAGUCCACGUGCAUCCACCACCAGGUCUGGCCCUCGCUGCCUGGAGCGUUCUUCAGCCUUACGGCAGCAUUGCUCGCCUUCGAUAUUAUCAAAAGCAGUUCAACGCCUACUUGUGGUAUGACAUGCUGUGCAUGCAGCUCAAUCACGUGCAUCAAACCCACCAGCGGCCCCUCAUGAGCGCUCUUUACUUGAGUUCGUUCACGCUACCCCUGGGCCCGAACGGCGAAGAUGGAGAGCAGUUCCUAUCAGGCCCCUACCUUCGCCGGCUCUGGACCUUGCAAGAGACCCUCUCCUGCAACCUUUUGCUGCAAGAUCACAGCGCUCACUACGACCUGCUCAACGAGGUGGCUGAACUUUCCUGUCACUCCCUCACCACUCGGCGCAUUUUAAUGCGCAUGCGCUGUUGUAUGCUGAUCAAGCAGUUUCUCAACUAUCCCAGUAUUCGCACCCUUGGCCAAAUUUGCGCCCGAAGCUUGGAUGAGCUCUUGGGCUCGGCCAUCUCCGUUUCUGGCGCAGCCCUUCGCUCGCUGCUGCAAUGUCCCAUCAUGCCCGAGGGCUGUUCUCUGGCCCUUGCCCUGAUCAUCUUCAAGGAAAUGCCGGCAUCCACCUGUGACAUUGUUCUGCGACUCAUACCCCUCACAGCACGCCUAACCGCUGGCUGUCAGCCACCAGAAAUAAGCUGGACACCUGAUGGUUGGUAUCUGGUCGAGCGCCUUCGACGUCUCUCGCACCCUGCCUCCGACAACUGGGUUCAUGCAGCCUACGGCUUGCCCAUCUGGGGAGUAUUUGGCGAAAUCUUGCCCAUGGAUGAGGCUGAGGCUGCUGUCAUGGCCAGCAAGCUGCUCCGCCUUCCUUGCAUCCACAUGCCCACCUCCUCCACAUUCUGCAGCUGGCCUUUUGCGCCGGCCUACGCGCUAGGCAAGGUACCCUGGGGUCACCAGGUGGCUGUUCGCGGCACUCGGCUGAAGUUCCACAAAGAUCAGUACCAAGGAAGUGUCGUUCGGCCUGUAGCCUUGCUUUUUGAACCCGCAAGUGGCUGGCUGGGCUUGACGGACGAUGGCCUGGGUCACACGAAUGCGAGCGAGCCUGAUGAGCUGCCCCAGUACCACAGUCUGGUCUGCGUACAACUUUCUGACAUUCGCGACACCGUGGCAUUGAGUCGACUGGCGCCGACUUUGUUCUCCGGUCGUGUGGGCCCCUUUAUUCGCUACGCUUUGGCUCUUCAGUAUGAUGAGGCUGGCUUGACCAGUCAACAGGGUGGCAUCUUGACCUGGAUCAGCGACGGCAUGCCAGGCUAUCAGGAGCAACCAGCAGAUUGGUUUGAAGCCGUUGUCAUCUAG